AUGGGAAAAGAAAUCCAGUUAAGGCCUAAGGCGAAUGUCUCUUCUUACAUCCACUUUUUGCUGAAUUACAGAAACAAAUUUAAGGAGCAGCAGCCAAAUACCUACCUUGGCUUUAAAGAGUUCUCUAGAAAGUGUUCAGAAAAAUGGAGGUCCAUCUCAAAGCAUGAAAAGGCCAAAUAUGAAGCCCUGGCCAAGCUCGACAAAGCCCGAUACCAGGAAGAAAUGAUGAAUUAUGUUGGCAAGAGGAAGAAACGGAGAAAGCGGGACCCCCACGCACCCAGACGGCCUCCAUCGUCCUUCCUACUCUUCUGCCAAGAACACUACACCCAGCUGAAGACGGAGAAUCCGAACUGGUCAGUGGUGCAGGUGGCCAAGGCUUCAGGGAAGAUGUGGUCUGUGACGACAGACGUGGAAAAGCAGCCAUAUGAACAGAGAGCAGCUGUCCUGAGAGCUCAGUACCAAGAGGAACUCAAAGCCUACCGUCAACAGCGUAAUGGCAGGAAGAAGAGCCUAGUGCCAGCUGAGAACCAGUGCAGAGGGGAAGCUGAGUCAGGCAAAGCUGAUGGAUCCAUUUAG